UGCCGUGGACCGUUGGCUUUGGCAGGGUUUCGGGGCUACUGGACUGGACUGUACUCUGAUAUACCAUCUGCACUCUCGCCCACCGCCGUCUUCCCAUGCGACUCCCGUCUGCCCGUCAUUCCUUUGCUGAUAACCAAGACGUUGGCACUGGCCAGGAAGACUCCCCGAAACUCCCUAUCUGUAUCCCUCACGCCCGUCGGCCGCCUGGUCCCUGGGAACUGAUCUACACCUAGAUCUGGUUCCUUGCUGCACCUCCGCCGUCACCCUCAGGCUAUCUCCAGACCGCUUCGAUACCAAAAUCCCCGGGGCUCGGUCGGCCUAUAUUGGCGCAGCACCCAAGCUUGCCUGCCAUUGUUGAUCUGGCCAUUGUCUUCACUUCGGUCGCCGAUUCUUGCUGCCGCAACUCUUGCCCCAACACCCGAACAACUCGACACUAUUCAGAUGCCGAUUGUGCUGCUGUCAGCCUGCCUGUCUAGAACCGCACCAUGAUGGCAACAACUUCGAUCACUGCCCAACCGAACAACUCCAAGUAUUACAUGAAUCCCUCAGCCGGACCAUCGCCGCCCGAGGCGUUCACCUUUGGUGGUCGACAAGCCACGACACCACCCUCACAAAACAUCUCGCCUACGAACUAUCACGCGAACGUGCGCCAGCUGCGUCAGCCCCGUCAACCGCUGUACGUGCCAGCUGCACUGCGCCCGAACGAGAAGAUUGCGCGACCCACCGACAUCCCCGGGCGGCCACGUGCGCCCGACACCCCACCAGCGAGCAACGAGAGCAGCUUCGAUGCGGGCAAGCUCGAUUCACCGGCUGCGACAGAUUUCGCACGCUUCCAACUGGGCCCGAGCGACAGCGAUCAUGAAUCUUUGCGACGAGGGUUGAGCCGAGCUGCGAGCGAAACCAUUUCAUUGGAAGAGAUGGGACCAGUCACAGGCACGCCAACGACAGCACACUGGAAGCCUGACGAGUCUGCAAAGAGCUGUUCUGUCUGCAAGGAGACCUUUGGCUGGAUCUUUCGCAGACAUCACUGUCGACGGUGCGGCAAUGUCGUGUGCUACAACCACGUUCGAUCGGUGAUCCCUCUCGACCAGAAUGCACGCAUUCAUCCUGAAGGCCACCUCAGCAAGGCAUGCGAUCCUUGCUAUGACGAAUACAAGAUCGUCAGAAAACUAUACCACUCCCGCGCGAGUUCCAUUUCGGAGUCCACAAACAGCUCGCAAGGCACUGCCAUGCCCAUCCCAGGCCAGAUGCGUCAGGCUGACGAUGUUCGCAUCGGCAGCAUGGCUCGUUCGGAGGGAGGCAUGGUAUGGAGUACCUUUUGAGUACUGAACCAACCUUCAGCGACCACGGCUCCGUCACGCGACACGAAACUGGAAGAGGAGUUCACGGCCUCAUUUGAUUACUACCCCUUGAAUUACUGGGAAGGCUACAUGAUGCGUUCAAGCGUUUCAAUUCUUUACUGCAGCAACAGCUUUGCUUGCAACAAUUCUUUCUGCAUUUUAGCGUUUUGAAGCGGUCUGCGUGAUACCCCACGGCGAGUAUGCACAAUAGAUCAAAUUUUGUCCAACACUGGCGUUUAUGAACGGGGAGCAAAUGAUGAACAAGGCGACAACUUGCCUUUGAAGAUUGUAUAUUAUUUAUAUCAAUUACUACGGAGCAAAGAAUGAUUUAGCUUCUAUGAAUCAAACACACGCUGUAAUAGAAUAUGUUUCUACUGAAAUCGAAUGUUACCA